AUGAUCUUCAUCGUCAUUCAGAGCAUCAUGAGAGCCACCAUCCUCUUCCUCACAGUGAAUCUCAGCAUCAUCGUUCAGUCCUACAGCUGUCCCGUCAGUCCUCCAGCUGUUCGUCAGUCCUCCAGCUGUCCCGUCAGUCCCGUCAGUCCUCCAGCUGUCCCGUCAGUCCUCCAGCUGUCCCGUCAGUCCUCCAGCUGUUCGUCAGUCCUCCAAUGUCCCGUCAGUCCUCCAGCUGUCCCGUCAGUCCUCCAGCUGCCCCUCAGUCCCGUCAGUCCUCCAGCUGUCCCGUCAGUCCUCCAGCUGUUCGUCAGUCCUCCAAUGUCCCGUCAGUCCUCCAGCUGUCCCGUCAGUCCUCCAGCUGCCCCUCAGUCCCGUCAGUCCUCCAGCUGCCCCUCAGUCCCGUCAGUCCUCCAGCUGUCCGUCAGUCCUCCGUCAGUCCCGUCAGUCUUCCAGUUGUCCGUCAGUCCUCCAGCUGUCCCGUCAGUCCCGUCAGUCCUCCAGCUGUCCGUCAGUCCUCCAGUUGUCCGUCAGUCCUCCAAUGUCCCGUCAGUCUGUCUGUCCGUCAGUCCUCCAGUUGUCCGUCAGUCCUCCAAUGUCCCGUCUGCAGCUCCCCGGGGAAUCAUGUCCUCCUCCUCGUCCUCCUCCUCCUCCUCCUCCUCGGAGCUGCCCUACUUCUGUCCUCGCUGUGGUGACAAGUUUCGUUUCUCGUCUGUACCUGAGCUCCGGGCUCACCUGGUCGGCCGACACACCUAUGAGACCCUGCUGGUGCUGUCGCAGGCUCGGGUUCGAAGCUCCAGACCGGGUGUUCUCCUCCCACUCCCAGGCCCUGCUGUAUCCCAGAGACAGAGCUCUUCUCUGGGCAUGGAGGGCCACAGCCUCCCCCUGCAGCUGGCCUGCCUGGAUCUCGCCUCGUCGUCUGCCUCCAUCCAACUUCUCAGGGAAAUGUUUGGCUCUUCAGAUCGUGCUCUUCCCGCCUCCACAGGACAUCCAGAGGACCCCUCCACCGCUCUGGCCCUCCCUGGCUCUCUGGAGCCUUUUCCUGGGAAGGAACGUGGCGAGGUGGGGGUGCUGGAGUUCGGGCUGUCGGUGGGGAUUGGGCUGGAGGAGCGGCUGGGGCUGGGGCUGGACCGUAAAAUCGCCCGAACGUUCGCGGAGGUGGAGGAGAGGCUGAACCGCCGCAUGGGCCGUCUGAAGGCGGAGCUGCAGAGGAGGGAGGCGGAGCUGGAGCGGGAGAGGUGGGAAGGGGAACGACUGAGGAGUGAGAAACAGGAGGUGGAGGAGAGGGCGGCGUACCUGUCCAGACAGGUCUCAGCUGCCAUGGAGAUGAUGGAGCGAUUAAAGAAAGAUCUGCAGGGAAAAGAGAAGGAGCUGAACGAACGACAACAGGACAUGGUGGACGUCGAGCGUUUUCUGAGGGAGACGGCAGAGAAAGAAGCAGAGGCCAAAACCCGCCUGAAGGUGUUCAUCGAGGCGCUGCUGGAACGAGCCGAUCGCGCAGAGAGACAGUUACUGCAGCUCAGCUCACACACGCACAGGUACGCUGACCCCUACACGCUCACACAGGUAUACACACCUGUACCUGGCCGAGGAGGACGAAGCUUGGACAGCAGCACCGAUGACAUCAUUGCAAACAAGAUGCAAGGAACCAUUGGAAACCGGAGGAGCUACAGUGUCUCGGGCUCCUGCAGACUGGGGGAGCAGCUGUACAGCCACCAUCACUACAGUGGUCUCACAGCUUGUGCGCGGACCCUGUCUCUGGGUUCGGGGGGGUGGGACUGUGAGGGGGGGUUGGUCCAUGUCCACCUGCCUCGCUGCCCUCCAGGAGCAGGAGACGGGAGAAGAGAGAGAUUCUGGGUCGAGGAGGGAGGAUGGGGGAGAACGUGGAGCAAAAGAAACUGUCGUCACCACAGCACUGAGGAGGAGGAGGAGGAAGAGGAGGAGGAGGAAGCUGAAGAGGAGGGAUGCUGGAGGAGCCCUGAGGUGAGGAGGCUCGUCAUUGCCAGGACACACUCACCUGGAUCAGACAUCCCCUCCUCCCUCUGCUCCACCCCAUCCCGUCGUCAUGGCGACAGACAUCUGGGGGCGGACACCUUGAAGCUCAGGGCAGGGCUUUUCUGCGUCUUCCUGUAUCUGGACGUGUGUUCUUUGCUGCGCGCUGCCGAGGUGUGCUCCGAUUGGCUGUUCGUUGCCAGGCACCCAGCCGUUUGGACACGCCUCCGGUUGGAGAACGCCAAAGUGUCGGCCGAGUUCCUAACCACUCUGUCGCAGUGGUGCACUCAGACUCAGGCUGUGGUUCUGAAGAACCUGAAGCCUCGAAGCAGACGAGCCGACGAAUCACGGGAGGAUUACCACAGGAACACGAGAGGCAGUGUGGAGCCGGGGGUGGAGGCCCUGCUGCGGUCAGCAGGGGGCAGUCUGCUCCACCUGUCUGUGUCUCAGUGUCCUCAUAUCCUCACUGACAGGACGCUGUGGUUGGCCAGCUGCUACUGCAGGAACCUGCACACGCUCACAUACAGGAGUUCAUCAGACCCUCUUGGUCAGGAGGUUCUCUGGGCCCUGGGUGCUGGCUGCAGGAACAUCAGCAGCCUACAGGUGGCGCCAGCUCACCCCUGCCAACAACCAACUCGUUUUGGAAACCGCUGCCUGCAGACGAUUGGUCGAUGCUGGCCACACCUCCGCUCACUCAGUGUGGGCGGGGCUGGCUGUGGGACUCAGGGAUUGGUUGCUGUUGUGCGUACCUGUGCUCACCUGCAGGUGUUGGAGUUGGAGCGUAUUACUGACCUUGGCCUGCAGGCGGCGACAGAGCUGUGCAAGGUCGGACUGAAGAGUCUGCAGACGCUGAUCCUGACUCACACGCCUGUCAGCGGUCAGGCCAUCCUGCACUUCCACAGUGUGUGCGAUGACAUCAGGUCCAUCGUGGUCGAGAUCUCAGCGGCAGAUUACUUUGAAGAGCCGGACACUCAGGAAGCUCAGCACCUGUUCGGAGAAAUUCUCAGCACACUGAAGGUUCUUCAGAAGCGUCCUGGGCUGUGUGACGUCCUGCAGGUCAAAGCUGAAGGAUUCUGCUGACGUCAGCACGCACACGCACACGCACGCACAC